AUGGUAGAGGUACAGAAGUUCCUCAACAAAAACAAAAAAAGAAUAAAGGUGUCUCCUGAAAAGCUUGACCACUUCUUGGCGUUUAUAACAAGUGCCAAAAUUAUCCAGGAUUUGCCCUUCGGAGAAAAAACACUGAAACUGUCAUCUGGAUCUGAAAUCAAAAUACCGAAUGUCAUAAGAACGUCCAUCCCUGAACAGAUAAUCAAACAGUAUCAGAGUUACUGCGCCGAAACUGGAUUUAGUUCACCUUUCAGCCAUAGCAGUCUGUCGAGGAUACUUAACGUCUUCGCGGCAUCCACUCGCAAGUCUCUUCAGGGUUUGGACUAUUUCUCGGCGGAAGGGCAAAAGCUUUUGACGACCUCGUUGAAGUAGCUGACAAACUUGGAGACAACUACGAAAACGGCUUAUCAUGGUCUAGAGAGGUGAUCAGCAAGCUUAAACUGGCCAAACGUUAUUUUAAAGAAGAUUACAAGGUUAGUUGGAAUUUAUUGUUAAUUCUUUACGGAUGUUUACUAAUCAAGUAUAGUACAUCUAGCAUUACGCCGAGAAUUUAUGAGAGUACAUGUAUAUUUCAGUUAAGUGUGGUAAAUCUAUCCAUCACAUCGAUAUUUAAUAGGUUCAUGUAUCAUCGAGCUCAAGAGUGCCUGAUCACUGCAGACCCUAUGCUUUGAGCCAGGGUAAUGAAAAAGCCUAUUCAAGCACGUGCGAUCACCAGCAUGAUCUAGCUUGUGACAGAUGCAACCUCCCAACUGCUGUAGGAGAAAUUGAGUCUGUGUUGGACAAAGCGAUUCUCAUAAGCCAGGAAGAAAAAGAAGAAAUCAAAUUUGUAGUAGAGCAAUCAAAGAAAAAUAUUGAUGCGUGGAAAUCACACUUGUUACGAUCUGUCAAUCAGGAUGAAGGCCGCAUCGAUAUGCUAAAUACCUUGGAUAGCAAAUCUGUGCUGGUUGUUUUAGAUUGGGCCAUGAAAUUCAUCCCCAGGAAGUACCGUGAAAGCCAAACCGACUGGUUUGGCAAGCGCGGCAUAUCUUGGCACGUCAGCGUGGCGAUGAGGAAGUUAGAAGAAGACAAAUCAAUGCAGAUGCUAACCCUUGUCCAUAUUUUCCAAAAGAGCAAAUUUUGUUUUGGCAGUGAUUGA